AUGGAUGAAAGUAUUAAAAAGUUACCAGAUUUAGCUAUUGCUGAUUUAAUUUUCACUGUUAAAUUAGAAGGUAAAACUGGUACUGAAUCAUAUAAUAAAUUAAUUAAAGAAAUUGAAACACACAAAAUGUUACCAUUAUAUAAAAUACUUGUAGAACAAUUAAAAUGGACAGAAGAUCAAGGAUUAGUAUCAAAAUUAAAAGCUGAAAAUGAAAGUGAAUUAAAAGCAUUAGAUAAUAAAAUUACUGAUAGUGUUGAAAAUUUUGGUGAGUCUGAAAUUAGAGAAGCAUAUUUAGCAAAAUCUGAUUUCUAUUGUCGUAUCGGUGAUAAAGAUACAGCAGUUGAAAUGUAUAGACAAACGUUUGAAAAAACAGUACCAUUGGGUCAAAAAUUAGAUAUUGUUUUUACAUUAAUUAGAAUGGGUAUUUUUUGGAUGGAUCAUGAUAUUGUAACAAGAAAUUUAGAGAAAGCUCAAUCAUUAGUUGAAGAAGGUGGUGAUUGGGAUAGAAAGAAUCGUUUGAAAACAUAUGAAGCAGUUUAUAAAAUGUCCAUUAGACAAUUUAAAGAAGCCUCCGAUCUCUACUUGGAAACUGUUGCAAGUUUCACUUCAACUGAAUUUAUCGAUUAUAGUAGAUUCAUUCAAUAUUUAAUUUUCACUUCAUUACUUCAUUUGGAUAGAGUUUCCUUAAAACAAAAAGUUAUCGAUUCACCAGAUGUACUCUCUGUUAUUAAUGACACUCCAAAACUUCAAGAUUUAUUACAAUCUUUCUAUAAUGGUGAUUAUGCUAAUUUCUUUGGUGCUUUAGCUCAUUUCUCUGAUUCAAUUAAAGGCGAUAGAUAUUUAGCUGAACAUUCACGUUUCUUUACUAGAGAAAUGAGAAUUUUGGCUUAUAAUCAAUUUUUAGAAUCUUAUUCAUCUGUAAAAUUAGAAUCAAUGUCAAAUCAAUUUGGUGUAUCUUAUGAUUUUAUUGAUAGAGAAUUAUCACGUUUUGUAGCAGCAGGUCGUUUAAAUUGUAAAAUUGAUAAAGUUUCAGGUGUCAUUGAAACUACCAGAAGUGAUGCAAAGAAUCAUUUAUACAAAACUACACUUCAACAAGGUGAUAACUUAUUAAAUAGAGUUCAAAAAUUAUCUCGUGUAAUAAAUGUUUAA